AUGGCGGAUGUCAGGUCCUCUACCGUUGUUCUCCCACUGGAAGAUUCAGAGGGGCAAAAACUAUUACAGCAAUGCAAAUACGGCCGCCUCUUGCCAUAUUUUCGUAAGCAAGUAAAUUCAAAAUACUGUGGCUUUUGUACUGCAGCUAUGUGCCUCAAUGAAAUCCUUGAAAAUUGCACCCAAAACGACUUUCACCUUGGAAAAUUUUCUGAACUUGCUCAACUCAAAGCUAUGCAAAAGACGCUACAAGAAGAUGAUAUCCUCAAAGUAGGCGAAGAUUGCUCAAUUUUACGGAAGGAAAAUGUUGACAUUGAAGGAAUUACUCUUCAAACCUUUAGUGAGCUCAUUAAAAUUAUCGGAUUACCUACGAGUUUCUAUCAUGUAUUUCCUUUGCAACAGAACUCCAGCAACGAAUCAAUCCGCGAGGGUAAAGUUUCCGCGGAAGUCCAUACAGUGGACGAAUUUCGAUCUAUUGCUUUGGAGAAUCUGAAGCAACAUGGAGGCCACGUUGUGGUGAAUUUUUACAUGGCAGAAUUUUAUCCAGGUAUUGAUUUUGGACAUUUUAGUCCCUUGGGUGGAUACAAUGUUAAAGAAGACAGAUUUCUGUUAUUAGAUGUGUGGCCUAGGAACCCUGUUGGAUGGAUCAAAACAGAAGAUCUCUUCAAUGCUAUGGCACAUGAGGACAGCUAUUCCCACAUGCCAAGAGGAUUUUGUGUUUUUAACGCUGGCAAUGGUUUGCAAAAACAUAAUUCAUAG